GUGCCGGUUUUUCAAACCUUCAGUCUCGAGCGAGGCGCUAACUGUCACUAAACCUCUUCAGGCACAGAGCGGAGAAGAUGUGCACAGCAUUUCUCUCGGAGAUAUAAACAAAUACAGAGAUAUAUCCUGGUUUAUGGAGGAGCUAUGGAGUGAUUAUGGAAUUAGCUUUCAAAUGUGUCCAAAGGAUGUACAUUUUUUUGUGGGGAAAAAGUCCCUAAUGCUGAGUGCCUACAGGAAGGUUCUGUGAUGCCACGUGAGUCAGAGCUCAGCUUCCUCUACGUGACAAGGUGUGAGCCACUAGACCUGAACUAAAGGGCUAAAGGGAAUCCAAAAAAAAAGAGAAAGAAGUUUGUUCUCUCAGGCUGAGAAGAGUGGACGAGCAGAACGAGAGCAGCAUGCAGGACCGAGCAUAGCCGGCUAGGAGACGAAUCCAUGCAGGACAAGAAGAAGCAGGACUCAGGAGGAUGUCGACAGAGGAAGAAACACAACCAAGCAUCAAAGCCAGCGUGAAACGGGAGUCCAGGAGGAAAGGUCAGAACCGCAGCGAGCAGGCUCUGAUAAAGCGCUUCAGAGGCGAUGGGGUACGCUACAAAGCCAAGCUGAUUGGAAUUGACGACGUGUCCGCGGCACGUGGAGAUAAACUCUGCCAGGACUCCAUGAUGAAGCUGAAGGGUAUCGCUGCUUCGGCUCGAUCCAAAGGAGAGCACAAGCAGCGCGUUUUCUUAACCGUCUCCUUCAAUGGCAUUAAGAUCUACGACGAGAGAUCCGGGGUAUUACAGCAUCACCAUUCUGUGCACGAAAUCUCCUACAUCGCCAAAGACACCAGAGACCACCGUGCCUUCGGCUAUGUCUGUGGGAAAGAGGGAAACCACAAGUUUGUGGCCAUCAAGACAGUCCAUUCAGCACAGCCUUUGAUUCUGGAGCUGCGCGACCUCUUUACACUCAUCUAUGACCUGAAGCAGAAGGAUGAGGGGGAGAAGAAAGCACAGAAAGCAAAGCACUGCGAGCAGGCUGUUUAUCAGACGAUUCUCGAGGACGACACUGAUGACCCAGUGUAUCAGUACAUUGUGUUUGAAGCUGGACACGAGCCGCUCCAUGGCCCCCAAUCAGAGGAGAGCAUUUAUCAGGUCCCAACGAGCCAGCAGAAAGAAGGGGUCUAUGAUGUUCCAAAACGCCAUUUUAUGACUAACAUCAGUCAGUUUGAACUGUUUGGUGACAUGGCCACCCCUCCGGACAUUGUAUCCAUGCCUGCGUCGCCUGCUAAUACCCUGGACCCCGGGCGACGACGGCAUCAGCGCCACCCUGAGCUCUUCACACACUUCAGCCCGCCUGCCGUGCCUUCAGGCUACAUGACGAUGGGUGCAGUGCAAGCGGCUCACUGGGCUCAGCAGUCCUUCGCGGCUCCGGCAGCUCCACUGGCGUUUGGUGUUCAGGCUCCUCUGCAGGUUGCUCAGGUUCUUCCUGGAGGACAGCCAGUGAUCUGGGGCCAGGCCAACCUUUUCCACUCUCCCGGCCCAGGCCAACAACAGUGGGCCUUCGUACCAGCCGGCACCUUGUUUCAGGGCCUUGUUCCCUUAGCGGCCAUGCGUCCUCGCAUGUCUACACCGUCCGCUCCAUCCUCGACCAUCACUAGCCCUCAGCAUGCAGCUGAAUCCAGAGAUGCCCCAAGCAGUAACCCUCUGGCAGAGGUGCCAGGCUCACACACACAGCCUGCUGACACCAGUGAUCCACACACGGUGAUGGGAGGAGCCACACAGCCUGGCGAGAAGCAGGAAACGGAGGUCUGUAGUGAAGAUCUUGAUCUUUCCCAGCUGAGUUUGACUCCGGGGUCGUCGCAGUCCACUGCAGAGUCUCCUGCCACACCUGCUUCCCAGGAGAUCGACAUGACCUUGACCUCAGACCCCCAUAAAGAUCUCUCUGUCAUGAGAACAGAGAACAAAGAGAGCCAUCUUAAAGAGCCUUCUCCCAAAGGUGGAACAGAGCAGAGCAUCAGCCAAGAUGUGGCAGAGGAAUCGUGUUCCAGCUCCCAAAUCCCCAGCAGCUGUGAGACGGCGGAACUCAGUCCGACUCCACACCAAUCAGACGCUUAGAAAAUCCCAGCUCAGCUUCACCCCCACUCUGGCUGCCAAGUUCUGGAUUGAGACGCGAAAGAGGAAACCCAUGAAGCCAGACUGGGGGUGAAUGUCUGGCUGCCUUUCUGAACCUGGAGAAUAUUUACAGAUGAAUAUGGAGACCUACAGUGUUACAGUGGACUUGUCAAGAGACCUCUUGGAUCGUUUUGGACUAUAACUGAACCAUUUUGUUGUCAUUUUACUUAAAAAUCCAAACUAUUUUUUUGAAGAAGAAGAAGAAGAAGAAAAAAAAGAGAGUUAUUUUUGAUUGAUGAGAUGCUCCUGAUGGUAUAUUAUGAAUUUGGGCUUUCAUAGAGAAAGGAGAAGCCUGAGACAUGUGAAUUGAGGUUGAAAUGGAUUGAAGUACUAAUAAUAAUAAUGUGUAGUACAAUCCAUACUGUGCAGUAAACCCCCAGAGGGUCUCACUAUGUGUCAAAACAGGACUGAUCUGACAUCAGUGAUGACCUUUAAAGACUGUGUGUGUGUGUAUGUGUGUGUGAGAGAGAAGCUGAUGUUUUAUUGGACUGAUAAUACUCAACUAAAACUUUGCGUCAAAAGUGUUAAUGCAAGAAUGAUCCUGCAGUCACAACACGACGUUUGUGACAAAUCAACCGCGUUACUUACAAUGACGUUACAUCUGCACGGUUUUCACCAUGAGACUCGAUCCGCAAGAUUUUAUACAAUGCUUAUGUUAAAAAAAAAACCAACAACAACAACAAAAAAAAAAAACGACUUUUCGUUCGUUUUCUAAAUCCAUUGCUCUACUGUUCAGCCGUGUGUGAUUUUAUUUCUUAAUUCUUUGCCAAAUAUUGUUCAGUAAAUAACGUGCAAUCUUUGUGCCAUUUGUUGUGUGAAGCCCGAUUAACGUCUGUGCACUUCGCCUCCCUUUAAAACAUUGAAUCUAUUCCUUUAAGGUUGAACAGCAACGUACGAGGGUUUCACAUACCGCGAGAAAUGAACAGAUGUGUCGAUGAUGUGAAUUCUUUUAUAUUUUUGUUUACAGAGAGAUGGAAAAGCAUGGAUGUACAAAUGUAGUCUUAUAUGCUGUAUGUGUGGUGGCCUGGAAAACCCUUCACACGCGCUCGCAUAAUAUCCACCGACUUAUUCAGUCGGUUCCGUUCUGCUGGAUAAAUCCCUUUUCAUUCCGUCGGUGAAAGAUUUCAAACCUGCGUGUAAGCGCACUUCUCUGUUUUGAUGACGACGUGAAGGCGACCGGAGCGUUGCAGACAUUUUAACAGCCGGUAUCUGAUUACAAACUGAAUCGAUUAACCUUAUGACAACGUGGGACAUUCACUGUGUGAGGAAAUCACACUUCACGCCCUAGCAAGCUAGUUUUCGUCAUCUUUUAGCAGUUGAAAGGAAAUACAAGUGUCAAAUCGUGUGGAAAGGAGAUGCGGUGACAUCUGACGGGUUUUGCCAGACCGCCUCAUGUAUAAUGCUGCGUUCAAUUAAAACUCGUAACUCCGACUAGGAAAAAAAAAAACGGAGAAGACGCCCCCUCGGCUCCAAAUUCCUACUCGGAAAGUCAAACUUGACGUCAACGUGGCCGCUCAUAGCAUCAGCAGUAAACACAGUAGCACGCCUUUACCGUUAAAUGAGUUAUAAGUAUUCGCUUUAGAUCAACCAACAUACAGACAUAUUCACUUGUUAAAGCUGUAACACUGACUCUACAGUCCGGUGUUUCGAGGAGGAAAAUAUACAUCAUUCAGUACGUCUACAUAGACAACGAUAAUCCGAUAUGAACCCGAUUAAGACGAUAAUCUGAUUAAGAAACUGGCAUGUAAACAGAUUAUUGAUGACGUUAAUCUGAUUAAAGUCACACUCGAAGUGAACACACAUGGAAUUAAGACGUGUGGAGUACUCCUGUUUUAGUCGCGUUACACACCUUAAUCACACUGUUAACGUCGUGUGGGAGUUCUCACCGCAUUGUGCGACAGGACACGUUCACAGAAAUGUUCGUUCCAUUCGACGUCAUCAAAAUCCAUUAGAACAACUCUCUCCCACCAGUCCUUACUCUGCACUCUCAUCCAGUACCUCCGAGUUUGUCGCGGUGGCAUGAAUGAAACGUUGUUUCAUGAAUGAAAGUACAGACCAGGCCUGCUGCUGCAGAAUUCGUAUCCGCCGUCGUCUAUUCGCACGUACGGCACGACAAAUAAUUACGAUACGUGAAAUUCUGGAAGGAACGUCGGACGGCGUGACGUGGUGACGCAAUGACGUUAAUCGAUCUACGUUCCUAUAACAUGUAACACGGGAACACGAAAGGAGUAUUCUAAAAGCGACUCGUGAAGAUCUUAAUCACAAUAUUGUCUUAUUCGGAAUAAGGUCAAUGAUUGGAUUACUGCUGUCCGUGUAAACGUUAGUCAGUAACGUUAGCUUGAUUGUUGUUAGCGGAAAAAAAAUAAAUAAAAAAACUAAAAUGGCGGCGUCGUACUUUGCAGCUCAAACGAGGUUGAUAAUGAGGUUGUAAUUCCGACUUCCCACAGACGAGAGUUAAGUCGGACGCGGCGUGAGACGCCAUCACAUCAGGCUUUUCCAUCUUUCCGUUUAGCCGAUCGUCGCCGUGAGACAGAAACGAAACCCCACACGACCGUGUGAAUAAAUGAACAGAUAAACACCAACCAGCGAUCAUAUCACUGGCCGUGUGACGCCUCAGCUCUCUGUGCGCGUGUCUGUGUGAAUAAACAUGAACGUGGCCGCGACACGCCGCCGUUUAAUCAGCUGAAAUACCGACAUGCUAAAGGCUACUGUAAUAAUCCGCUACAAUGCAGUAUUUCGCUACAGCGGUCCAAACAGGAAACUGUUCUGUCUCAGCUUCAUGGAUUUAGCUUAGCCUUUUCUUUUUGAGGGUCGGGUCAUUUUAAGAUUUAAAAAGUAGUGAAGUCAUACACCCAUUUUCUCUUCAUUUGUAAAAUCACUUUGAACUCAUUUCCUCCUCAAAUCAGAAGUGCCAUUUCCUUAUGUUAAAAUAUACAUCAUGGUGAAAAGUGAGAAAUAACGCUAUUAUAUCAAUGUGUGGACAUUUUUAUUUUUAUUUUUUUAAACAUUUCUUUCUUUCUUUCUUUCUUUCUUUAAUCAGGACUUUACGGACCAUGUUUCAAUCUCUUGUCUUUCUUCAAGUCUUUAACUCUGAUGGAUAUUUUAUUUUGUUUGUUUUUUUUAUUUUUAUUUGAGCUUGUCGUUACUGAAGAGAAUAAAUCUCCCAGUGUUUUAAUAUCUCA